AUGUCGACGAACAAGCUCCACCACAACCGCUACCUCCCUGAAGAAAUUAUAGUCCAAAUAUUGUGCCGGUUGCCGAUGAAACCUCUAAUUCGAUUCAGUUCCGUUUCGGAACGGUGGCAUUAUCUCAUAAUUGAGGACCCACAGUUUGCCCAAUCCCACUUCAAGCUAGCCUCCGAUCGCAAAACCCUCACUCAGAGACUCCUCAUUUCCACCGACUAUCAAAUCCGAUCCUUGGACCCCGAAACGCCGUCGUUCGCAGACAACAAUUCUUCGCUCAAUAAUCUCACCUUCGCCCACUUUAGCAACCUAGUGGGCUGCUGUAAUGGUUUGGUAUGUGUAGAUGUUGAUGGUUAUGAAAAACAUGACUUGUCUCUCUGGAACCCAUCAACCGGAUUCAAACGCAAAUUGCCCGACUCAGAUUUUGCAUGUGCAGUGAAAAACGUGUCUCGUUUCGCUGAAUCUGAUAUUGGCCGUUCUGGCCUGGGUUAUGUGUCAUCCACUGACGACUACAAAAUCUUCAUAGAUGCUGAUGUUUAUUCUAAACCUCGCCAGACGUUUAUGGAGAUUUACUCAUCCAGAUUGAACUCUUGGAAACCCAUUCAAGUCCGUGAGCACGACCCACCGUGCUCUUUCAGAAGCCCCACCACCAAUAGCAUGGGGGCCCUUUUAAAUGAAGCACUGCAUUGGUUCUACCGCAAAGUCGGUGAGGAGGAGCCAACGAUCCUUGCUUUUGAUCUGGCAAAGGAGGAGUUCAGGGAAGUUCCAUUCCCCACUUUUGAUGGUGAUGCCGAUGAUGUUGAUGUUCAUGACAUGGGGGUUCAAGUAGUUUCAAGAGGAGGAGGAGAAUGCCUCUGUGUUUCGAUUGCUAGGAGACGUGGUGGUGUUAAUUUCAUGGAAUUCUGGGUUAUGAGAGAAUAUGGGGUGCGUGAAUCUUGGACUAUGCUCUUCAAAUUUAACACGGAUCAUGUAUCUGAAUCGGUGGGUGGGAAUUUGCAUGGUUAUGAAGCCAUUUUCGUUACCGAAGGUGGUACAGUUGUAUUCAGGUUGAGGUUUAGGGACAGGUUGGUAAGGAUUGAAUGCCGCAGAGAAGCAGAGCCGGUUUGCAGUACCCCAUUUAACGUUAAUGAUGGGGAUGGACCUGUGUACAACGUGAUUGCAUACAAUGAAACUCUGUUUUCGGUACCUAAACUCGGGUAA